UUCACCGUGUUAGCCAGGAUGGUCUCGAUCUCCUGACCUCAUGAUCCGCCCGCUUCGGCCUCCCACAGUGCUGAGAUUACAGGCGUGAGCCACCGCGCCCGGCCCUGCUCCUUUUCUCUUGCAACAUGUGGAGUCAGUAAUUUGACCAUAUACUCUCUCUUUCCCCUUCAGUCUGCUCUCCACCUUUAAAUACUGAAGCCCUGAGAGUCAUCUUUCUUAAAAGGUAUGAACCAUAGAUUGUUCCUGUGGAUUUAUGUUUCUUUCUUCCGGGCACAUCCUUAAGCUUGACAAAAUAAAAUUCUAAGUUGAUUGAGUCGUGUCUCGGAUGCUUUUUGGUUUAUGCUAUCAAGGUUUGGAAGGCUUAAGACAUGUCAUAAAGGUACUUUAUUUCCUUCUAGCAUUUUGAUUAUACUGAAAUCAGGUAAUUAGUGGUGCCUGUUUUGAGUAACAUGGUGAGCAGAAUUGAGAAUGGAAGGCACUGGGAAAGGAAAAACAGAAAGGCAUCAAAGACUUCCACCUUUAUUUCCUUCGUUUUUUUAAAGAAAAAUUUAUUUUCUAAACACAAGCUACAAAUUAAAAUAUUUGAUUUACUUUUUCAGCAAAAGUUAUAAAUUAUCAAAUAGAAAAUAGUGAAAAGAUUAUGUCAUUUUUAACAGUGUUAAAGUUUUAGUUAUACUCAUUUGACUGGUUGGUACUGCUCUUAUUUACUUACUCUACAGACAGUUACACUCUUUUAUUGUAUAGAAGUUACUUUAAUUUUUUAGUAUUUAAGUUAUCCUUAAAAUACAACAUGAAGCUAUUUUACAAUAUAUAAUUUACUUAUUUAUUCUUAAAAUAACAUUUUAAAAUAAAAUAUGUAUGUGAAUUUAAUAAUUCCUUUCUCUAACUCCAGUCCUCAAAUGUGACCACUGUUAAUAACUCCACUUAAUAUAAAUAAUAUAAUAGAAACAGCAGCAGUGUGAUCCUUAAAGCUGUAUUACUUUCCUUGGCCUGCAGUAAGAAAGUAUCAAAAUCUGGGUGGCUUAAAACAAUAGAAAGGUAUUAUUUUAUAAUUCUGAAGGCUAAAGUUUGAAGUUAAAAUGUCAAAGCCAUGCUCCCUCUGAACACAUCAGUUCUCUCAAAUUUAUUCUUUCCUUUCCUUUGCUAACUUUAGGUUUUAUUUGCUCUUUUGUUUCUAGUUUUUUAAAGUAGAAGCUGAGGCUGUUGACUUGAAACUUUUCUUCUUUCUAAUGCAGACAGUUUCAUGGAGUAAUUUUUUCUUUGAGGAUUGCUUUAGUGCAUUCCACAAAUUUUGAUAUGUUGUGUUUUCUUUUUUUUUCCCCAAUUCAAAGUACUAAUUUCUCUUUUGAUUUCUUCAUUGAUGCAUGAGUCAUUUAGCAUGUGCCAUUUUUAGAAAACUUUAUAGUUUGAUUUAUUUUAGGCUCACUUAGAAGUUGCCCAAAAAAAGUCCAGAGUUCCUUUAUACUCUUCAACCAGCUAUGCUGCCAUAAAAAAAUAAAAUAAAAUUAUAUCAUUUGCAACAACAUGGAUGCAGCUGAAGGCCAUUAUCCUGAGUGAAUUAAUACAGAAACAGAAAAUUAAAUACCUAUGUUCUCACUUACAAAUGUGAGCUAAACAAUAGGUAUGCUUGGACAUAAAGAUGUAAACAGUUGACCCUGGGGACUCCAAAAAGGGGAAGAAGUGGGCGAGGGUUAAGAAACUGUCUAUUGAGUACUGUGUUCACUGAGUGAUGGGUUCACUAGAAACCCAAACCUCAGCAUUACACAAUAUACCCAUCUAACAAACUUGCACAUGUACACCCUGAAUUGAAAAUUAGAACACACGUGCGUGCACACAGAGGAAAUUGCCCCUGAUGCAAUACUAUUAGCCAUAGACUAUUUGGAUUUCACCAGUUUUACAAGCAUUCUUUUUGUGUGUUCUAUAAAAUUUUACUACAUGUAUAGAUUUGUGUAACCACCCCAAAAUCAGGGCACAAAAACGUUCCAUCGCCUUAAAGAAACUCCCUUGUACUGCCUCUUUAUGGUCAUACUCUCAUCAGAGCUCCAACUUCUUCCAACCUUCUUAUCAUCCUUAAACAUACUUCCUCAGCUAUGCAGUUGUUCUGGCCCUUUUAAAUAUUCUUUUAUAGUUUGAAUAUUUCGUUAGGAGAGUCUUAACUAGUACACUGUUUUAUUAUGUUAAUUUUUGUGUAGUUUUUGCUUUGUGGAUAAUGAAAGGGAUUUUUUUUCUAUUCUAUUUUCUAUCUUGUUACUGCUGAUUGAUACAAAAUUACUGGUCUUUUCUAGCUCCUUUUUUUCUUUCUUUCUGAUUGCUGUGUCUUCAACUCUUGUUACUUUCUUUCUCAGUCUUAUCUCCUUGUCAGAGGAAAAAUAUAUAUAUUUUUCCUUUGCUCAUGAUGAAUAGUUUUCUGACUUCUGUUUCCCCACCUUCUAAUAUCAGUGCCCAGAAAGUAUAGGGCAGGCUGUUACAGGGGUUGGUUAGCAUUGUCCAAAUGGUCAGGAAAAACUGUAGUUUGUUCCAGAUCAAAUCCGUACCCAAGGGCACCUAAUCUAGCUGUGGAGGUACAGUGGCAGGGUUACCAGCCUACCAUUAAUGGGCUGAUCAAAGUGAUUUCCCAAACAUCAAUUUCUGACAGACAUUCUAUAUUCCUGAAAAAUCUUUAAACGAUAGUUUUGCCUAGAAAAACUGCAUCAGAAAAUUUACAAUUAUUUGAUCAAAGACUGUAACAAAGGAAAAUGUGAAACAUUACUAUCAAGUUAAAAGGUUAUUGUAAGGCAGCAGUAACUAAAAUUUUUGUGUUUGCUCUUGACAACUAUUAUAGGAGUGCAUGAAAUUAUUAGAACAGUGGCUAUUUUCAAUUUUAAAACCAAAAGUAAAAUUCUUUAUUGUUUAAAAAUAGAGAUUAUAAUGCAGGCUACCAAAAUACAACAUAUGUAUAAUUAACCCUAGAGAGGAAAAAAAUAUUGAUUGUAUUAUAUCUACACCAAUUUAAUUAUGAGGUUUUUUUUAAGUUGUGUCUUCGGUGAAGACAAGAAUCUCAUUAUGUUAAUGGCUCAUAUGAAGAGAUUGGAAUACAUGAUUCAAAUAAUAGGUAAAAACCUUUGGGAGAAUAGAACAAAGAAAUGGAAGGCAGCUAAGAUAAAUGACCAGCUGCAAACAGCCUUGGUGGAAGGGUAAGGAGGAAGAAGAAUAGUAUAGAAUUAAGGAAAUGAUAAAAGUGAACAGCCUAAUUUUCAGAUUCAAGAACAGAGCAUCCUAAUAGAAUUGAACAAGAUACAUUUUUGCAGACUCUUGACUAAAAAUAAUUAAAGGAUUAUCAUAGCUACCACCAUCUGUAUAUGGCUUCAUACUUCUCAACAUAAGCAAUCUCUAUAUGAGAGGCAGAUAUGUUUUAAAAGAAAGGAUUUGGGACCAGAUGUUUUGGGUUGGGUUUCCAAUUUCAGUACUUAAGCCUAGUAACAUAAUGAGUGUUUCACUGUCUAUCUCAGUAAAAUGUAUAUACUAGUAGUGUCUGUUUCAAGGAUUGCUUUGAGGAUAAAUUGGGAUGAUUCACAAAAUGUAGUAAGCCCUCAUUAAAAUGUGGUAAUGUUAUUAUCAAAGAUAACCCAAUUUAUUGUCAGAAACUUUUUCACUUGAGAUAUAAAUAAGGUAUGACAAUCCUUGGCUUCCCCAAUUGGCUUAGCUUUGCAUCUCUCCCAUUUUUGACCAAGGCAAACCUGUAAACCUGUGUAAAAAAUAAGACAAAAUAGAUUUUUUUAAAAAACAAAACAAAAAACGUAUCCACCAGGGCAUGGUCAGGAUAUCAUCUGGCCUCUGCUUAGGAAUUCUGAGCUUAUCAACCUGUGUCCUCCAAGCCACAGCUUUCCCCCAUAUUUUCCCAGUCUACGUGUGCCUGGGUGUCUGCCACACCCACUCCCAGCUCUGAUUUCUGCUGGUAACUCUUGUGUUCUUCCUUGAAUUUAAACUUACUUCACUAAUACCCAACAACCUGUGGAGCCCACGCUAACCCUUUCUCCACAGGUUAGACCUGGGCCUCUAAUUAUUGGCUUCUAAUUCUUCAUCAGCUGGUUUUUGCUCUUCUGAUUUGAAUUUCAGCUAUUCCUAGAUAACCUUGCCACUGUACCUCCACAACUAGAUUAGGUGCCCUUGGGUACGGAUUUGAUCUGGAACACACUACAGUUUUUCCUGACCAUUUGGACAGUGCUAACCAACCCCUGUAACAGCCUGCCCUAUACUUAAAUAAAUUCUAUGUAUUCUGCCUUGUUUUGAUACCCCACCUUUCCCUUUCAAACCAAUUAUUAUUUCCUAGGAUACCUUUAACAAAACCAGUCUCAAUUGUGGUAUAAUUGGGUGUAAACCUGUGGAGAUGUUUCAUGAGAUAAGAAAUUGAGGGUUGGAUAUCAUAUGGCUCAAUAGUAUUAUCUCUUCCAUUUAUUUAUUAUGCAGGUUUACUCUGAAGUUAGAAUCUAUAUACAAAGCAUAUUUUGCAUUAUAAAUUGUAUGCACAUACAUAUGACAUUUCAUUUCUGGCUCUCCCUUCCUCUGCCUUUCUAGUCAUGCCUUUGUUUCCCUGAUAUGACUAUCUAAUUAUAUUCUUCUCCCUCACUUUCUUAAUUUAUCUUCUUUCUUAUCUUCUACCCCCCAUCCCCUAUGUCCCUUACAUUUUACUUUUAUCGUCUAAUAGCUUCUGGUUGCUCUAUGGAAGGUCAGCUCUUCUCUGAGUCCAGCUUUUACACUAGCUCUCAUCCUCUCCCUGGUGCACAUGAUAGGACUGAACAAUCAAGGCUUAAGACAUAGACAUUCUUCUGUAAUAAUAGAGAAAAUUUAAAAUGUUGUGAAAAUAACAAAAACAUUUCUCCAAGAAUUUGUGGAUUCAGUUGAGUUUUUGAUGCUGUAAAGUCCAAGAUCAAGGUGCCAGCCAAAUUGGUGACCAGUGAGGGUCAUUCUAUGCUUGCAAGAUGGCGCCCUGUUACAACAUCCUCUGAAGCGAACAGAUGCUGUGUCCUCAUGUGGCAGAUGGAACAGAAGGGCAAAAAAGGGAUGAAUCCCCUCUCUCUAACCCUUUUAUAAGGCCCCUACCAUUCAUGAGGGCUCUGCCCCCAUGACUGAGUCACCUCUGAAAUACCAUCACAUUGGUGAUUAAGUUUUAGCAUAUGAACUUUGGGGGACACAUUCAAAUCACAGCAUGUGGCAAAAGGGACUUUGCAGAUGAGAUUAAGUUAAAGAUACUGGGAUGAAAAGAUUUCCUUGGAUUAUCCACGUAAAUAAUCACAAGGAUCCUUAUAAGUGAAAUGAGAAAUCAAGAGAGUCAGAGUCAGAGAUGUGAAGAUGCUUCAUUGUUGACUUUGAAGACGGAAGAGGGAGUCGGUCAAGAGCUUCUCCAGUGAGCGGACACAGGAGGAAUCAGAGAGAUUCCUUGGGCCACUAGUGAAGUCUUCUUUGACACUAAUUGCUGGGCCAAUAAUGACUGUCCAUUGACAAUCCCUUCUCGAUGGCAGAAUGUGGCAGAUGCAGUCAUGUGCGUUCCAAAACCUUGGACUCAUGAGGCCUUGCAGCAACUGCCUUUGGCCUCCAAGGACCCUACCCGGAGACUGUCAUGCAAUAAAGACUCUCACAAUGAAACUGCAUUUGGAAAGAGAGAUUUGGCCAACCAGAUUUCUUGGCUGAGCUCAGUCCCCAGCUGAUCCACCAGCUGAAUGCAUUGGCCUAAGUGGGUGCAGUUCACAGGUCUCUGGAUCAACAGAUGCUGUACCCAAGGAGCUGGACUUGUGGAAUCAUCUCCCAGGCAUUUUGACUGCACCUGGAUUGGAUUUAGGUGAAAGAUACAUAAAAUUGACUUCAGUGAUUAAAUUAGACUUUGGGGUGUUGGGAGUGGAUAAAUGUAGUUUGCCUGUGAGGGGGACGUGAACCAAAGUGACCAGUGGGCAGACUGUGGUAGAUUGUUAUACAAUAGCAUUCAAUGGAUCAUCUUGCUGUGUUCCACACCCCUUUGCAAUGUGACGUUGCUACUCUUCACUUGAAGUGAUGGAAUCUGUUCCUUCACCAGCCUUGUGACUUCCUUUGAUCAUGAAGGGGCCCCUGGGUGCUCGUUUUUUUCCAAGCAGGAGGCAGGCUGAGAAAGCUAUUGAUAGUGGAAGAAUGUGAUAAGAAGCAAUGUUUGAGAACCAGAGCCUAGAUCUUAGGGGUCCCUUACCUUCCACCAUCAUCCUCUUAGAAUAGUGUUCUGAGACUCCAAGGUAUAUGAAGAAGUCUGGAAUAAAGACUUAAUGAAGAGAAUUGCCCAGUGAGCCCAAAUGUCCCAGCUGAACCUAGCCCCCAGCAAACCUGCCAGCUGAAUGCUGCUGCCUGAAAGUUAAGGCAAGUCUGACAGAAUUGCCACCCAAUCAACUAGAGAAUCAUAGAAAAUAACAACUCAUGUUGUUUUAAGCCACUGAGUAUUGGUACGGUUUGUUAGUAGUAGAUGACUGAAACAGCAGCUUAAGUAUAUUAUAUCUCACAUAUUAUCUGUUUAUAUAGUAUUUUUAUUCCAAUAGACACAUUAGCUCAUCUCAUGAAUAGAGAUGGCAAAAUGUCAUAAUCAUAAUCAUAAAAAUACCUUGGAUUGAUGAAUAUUAUUUAACAACUAUUGAGAAACCAUAAACCAUAGUAUCAUCUUUAAACUAGAAUGAAGUGGCACUCAUUUCAUAAAAGCCUUUUUCUUUUUGUGGAAGUUGAGAUUGCUGCAAAUAUAAUCUCAGUAUAUCUACUACCUUUUGUAGUGUAAGAAGAGUAACUGCCAUGAGCCUCAAAUGAGUUCUGAAGUAGAGAAACCAUAUAAUGAAGUAAAGAAACAAAACAAAACAAAACCUUUAUACCGAUCACUACAUGGGCAAAAGAGAAGACAGUUGUAGAGCGGAGCUCCCACCUCCAUAUACAGCCAUUGCCAGUCCAGAUGCCAGUGGUAUUCCAGUAAUAAACUGCCGUGUGUGCCAAUCACUAAUCAAUUUGGAUGGCAAGCUUCACCAGCAUGUGGUUAAGUGCACAGUUUGUAAUGAAGCUACGCCAAUCAAAAACCCCCCAACAGGGAAGAAAUAUGUUAGGUGCCCUUGUAAUUGUCUUCUCAUUUGUAAGGACACAUCUCGGCGAAUAGGAUGCCCGAGACCCAACUGUAGACGGAUAAUUAACCUUGGCCCAGUAAUGCUUAUUUCUGAAGAACAACCAGCUCAACCUGCAUUGCCAAUCCAACCAGAAGGUACAAGGGUCGUGUGUGGGCACUGUGGAAACACAUUCCUGUGGAUGGAACUGAGGUUCAACACUCUGGCAAAAUGCCCACACUGCAAAAAAAUCUCCUCAGUGGGUAGUGCACUUCCACGAAGACGCUGCUGUGCAUACAUUACCAUUGGAAUGAUAUGUAUUUUCAUUGGAGUUGGAUUAACUGUUGGCACCCAAGAUUUUGCAAGGCGAUUUCGAGCAACCUAUGUUUCUUGGGCAAUUGCUUAUCUCCUAGGGUUGAUCUGCCUUAUCCGAGCUUGUUAUUGGGGAGCCAUAAGAGUCAGUUAUCCAGAACACAGUUUUGCAUAAGCUUGUUUAUGAUUCAGUGAUGCAGGUGAGAGUGUCUAGCAGUUCUUGGUAAGCUACUCUGGACAUCUUUAAAUUAUUUAUCCUAAUGGAUUCCAUUCUGGUUUAUGUAUAAUAGUUUCAAGACUUUGGGAGUCUUUUAUGAACAAAUGCUCAUUGCACUACAUUAUAUGCAAAUUGUUUUGCUGCUAGGUUUUCAACAUUUGAAUAAUAAAGCCUUUUCAUGUUCUUUUACAUCUCUUAUAGAUAUUUUUGGAUUUGUUACCAAACAUUACAUUUACUCUCACCCUUUUAUUAUUUUUAAAUAAGUUAUUUCAUUACUUGCUGAUAUGUGAGUAUUCCUAAGUGUUUAUAAAUAUUUCUACAAUAGUUUCACAUUUAUAUUUACAUUUUAAUCAGUAUCAAAAUUGCUUGCUUAAAACCUAAGCAAUAUGCAUUUUGCUUGAACUGCUUACUGUAACCUUAACCUAAGAUUAUAGUGACCUUAUUCAGGAAAAAGAAAAUUUAGUGUACCUUCAAAGACUUGACAUUCUUGUCAGAGGAAAAAGAAAUUUCUAGAUACUGUAUGCUUGUUUUGUGUUGUUUGUAGAAAGAUAAAAUAUUUUGGUAGUAAUUUAAAAUACAAGAAUGAAUAUUUAUUUGUCCACAGUUGGAGAUGUUGGAUAAAUGUCUUUUCUCAAAGAUCACAGGACUUUUGUCUCUCAUUUUUGUCUUUUUAUUACCAGUUAUAAAAGAUCUGGUCUGGAUUUAUGGAAUUUAUGUUUAUCGGCUCUAUGUAUUCCUUUAUAGAGGCUGGAGGAAGUAUUUCACAUAAUAUGUUUUCUAAUACUUAACCAUUUAUUCAAAGAUAUAUUUACAUUGGGUUGUGCCCCUUUUCCUUAGAUCAUGGUAAAUUUUUCUUAUUGAGGUAAUUAUGUACUAUUUAUAUUUGAAGGAAGCUUAUGACAUUUUACAGUAGCUAAAAUAUUGAGAUUAGAGGUACUUUUACUAUUCUUCUCAAAGGUAACUGAUCAGAUAAUUGCCCAAAUUAUUCAAGAAAAUAGAUCAGAGAUAAAGAACAACAUAGUUUUCUUAAGAAUUCAUGGAAAUUUAUGGAAUGAGCUCUCACACUGCCCAUCUUUGCAGUUUUGAAAAAGAAAUUGCUUAAUCACAAAUGUUCUACAGUCUUUAAAUGUAGUAGAAUUAGACAGUGAGAUCAUCUGAGUAAAUUAAUUGGUGAUUCCAGAGAUAAGACUAAUAUUUUAAAUUAUUUAUGUUACUGAUUAGUAUAAAAACGUACUCAUCACAGAAUUUGAAGCAAAAUACAUGUACACUUCAAAGAGUAAAUGACAGAUGUAUAAAUGCUGUAGCUCAGGAUUAUAUGUACCUUUAAAAAUACACUAAUAAAGAUUAUUGUUCAAAAAA